UAUUUAUUAGUAUUAUAUUUACUCAUUUAUUGUUGUUUUUAUUAUUCCGACUAAGAUUUUUGUAUUGUGGAGUUAUAUUUUAUUAAAGUUUUAGUCUAAAAACUUAAAUUAAACUAAUAGAUUUCCAUAAUUGCAAAUAUCUAGUAUGAAAUUGUCUCAUAUUGGUUGUUAAUGUGGGCUUACGAUGUUACAGUUAUAAGUACAGUAAUCAGUUAUCCAGGUUUAUCCAGCCCAUAGAGAGAUCAAAUAGAGGUACCAAGUCUUACAAAGUAGGUAGAUUAUACCUAACAAUUUCUGUUGACUUGUGUUAAAAAAUGUCGUCCUCCGGAUAUCAUUCAUCGGGCAGAAACUAUCAAGAAAAUCGCCAGUUACCUACUAUUGAUUUCAGUAAGCCCCCUCCAGGAUACUCUCCACAUGGAAAACAAUUAUCAGACAAUAAGGCUUACUCCAAGACAUCUCCAACAUCCAGAAAUAGUGCAGUAAAUACAGCUAACCCUCCACCAGCAUCACCAAAUAGACCCCAAAUUAACCCGGUAAAUCAUGCAUACUAUAGAGGAAAUGUAUCGGAAUCUCCCCAAUCAUUGCCCCAAACCAGACCUCCAGAAAAUCCUCCGCCACCUCCACCACCGGACACUAUAGACCCGCGUAUGUAUCCGCCGCCACCGCCUCCGGCAGAACCAUACCCCUCUAUGGCAAUUAACCCCGCCGCUGUGGCUGCACCCACAUACAUAAUGAGCAGCACGGUAUACGCUGCUUUCGGAAUGCCGCCUCCCAGCGCGUUAAGUCCGGCGUCACUCAAUCAAGCAGCCUUAAAUCAGGCAACGAUGAAUCACGCCAUUAACCCGGCAGCUAUGAAUGGUAUAAUUCCUGUUGGAAUGGGCGCUGGACAUCAGUUUAUGAAUAUGAACCAGCAACAGAAUUUUCGCCUACCGCCGCAACAGUAUCAAGGAGAGUACGGCGCUGGUGGAUAUUCAAGGAGAAGGGGCUAUAACAAUUAUGUAAAUAGAAAAAGAUCCGCCAAUUCCACCGCUUUGUCGGAGUCUGAUCCGGAGACACCAGCCAAACGGUCAAAUUCAAAAAAGAAAAAGAAGCCCCUAUCACAAAACAUGCCUGCUAAGAAAGAUUGGACUAUGGAGGAAGCCAGGCGAGCUUUAGAAACGGAAAAGGACUUUAAUAAGAGGCACAGAAGUCCUUCUUUGAUUAUUAAGUUUCCUGAUCUAGAGUUGAACAGGGAUAUUGUGUCAAAAUUUCAUCCAAAAAUUGACAAUGUACAUUUUCAACAGCCCUCCACUCCAAGGUUUUGCUUCGUUACCUUGAAGGAUGGCGAAUGUGUAGACCAAGUAAUAAAAGAUCUUUGCAAGAUCAAGUUUGGAGAUGGUUAUUUAGUAGCUGAAACAAAAAACAAUAAAGAUGAUGAAAUGGUUAAGGGGCCAGAGGAUAUAGAUCCUUUGACGUUAUACGUUGGCAAUUUGGCCCAAGAGGUGACGGUAGAUGAUGUCGUUAAAGCUUACCCAAAACAUAAACGAAUCGACAUUGGAUUUGCGAAGAAAAUGAAAUACACACGUUAUGCGUUUGUUUCGUUUCGUACGGUUGACGAUGCAAUCGAAGGAUUUCAAGCCACCCAUUCUACCGAAAUGUACAAUAAAAGUCUGAUUGUUCGGUUCAGGCGACUACAUGGAACAGUGGGGCUACCUGGUGAUGCUAAAGUACAAAACCCACCACGUGCUGAAGGACAAGCGGUUGACGGAAAGAAUUUAUCGCCCAUUUUAAAUAAUAUCAAACACGAAAUCGUAUCGCGCAACUACGGACCCGACGAUGAAGAUGAGAGCAACGAAGAAGAAGAGGACGUUCCGCACGAUCUGAAAUCGAUCCUGUUCGACAGCCACGAGGAAAGAGUGAAAGUGAUGAACCGGAAUAGUAGUGAGGCAUCAUUUUCUGUCGCUUCCAGAGACAGAUUUGAUUCUGGCAGCUCGUUCAACAGUAUCCACGUCAAGAAUGAACCGCCCGACUAUGAAUUUGAGCCUGAAUUUACUGGCUUAAACUGUAGUCGUGAUGAAUACCCGCCAAAAGUCGUCAUUAAAACUGAGCUAGACAUGAAACCAAAUAUAAAAACAGAGCAAGGUUAUGAUGACAAAUAUAUUAGCCCAAUCAUGGGACCAGCCGGUACCUCAGCAAAUUUCCAAAGUAGAGAAUCAGCGCCUGCAAUAUCGGGACAAUCCAAAAAUGGUUUGGAAAAAUCACGCCCAGAUCACGUUGAAGUUAAAAAAGAACCACUUGUGAGUCAACAGUAUUCUCAUAGGAGUGAAGACGAAGACGAGGAUGAAGAUCCAACGCAAGAAUACGAUAAUCUAUUCAGCACGUCGCAGUACAACUUGUUUUGAUUUAAUGGCGACUUGUGCUUCAUAAUAUUUUAAGAAAUAUUGUUUAAUUUCAUAAAAUAAUAUUUAGAAUAUCAGUUGUUAUGUGUCAAGUUUUAACUUUAGGAUUUUUGAAAUAAAGGAUAACGUAUAA